UGCGCCACCUGCCUUGGCCGCCACAAGCACCGCGUCUUCGACUGCGACGCGACCCACACAUGGAACAAGGCCUUCGAGGUCAUGUCAAAACGCUCCGGAAAGGACUUCAUGCUCAAAGAUGGCCGCUCCCUCUGCUACGACUGGCAGCGAGGCAGGGGCUGUCGCAGCAGCCUCCACGACAACAGGCAUAUCUGCUCGGGAUGCGGGAAGGCAACCCAUGGGGCCCAGAACUGCCCUCGAGCAGAGCCGCUCACGCCCUCGAACCCCGUACCAGGCAAACGAGUGGGGGAGACAGCUUGA